GCUCCGCCGACCCGGACGGUUUGACAGAGAGAUGUUGUUCCGGCUGCCUGGGCUCACGGCUCGGCACCGGAUCUUGCAGAUACACACACGGAAAUGGCCCAGGCAGCUGGCGGAGGACGAGCUGGCGGUGUUGACGGAUCUAACGCAAGGCUGGGGUGGCGCCGAUAUCCAGGCACUGUGUACCGAGGCUGCGCUGCGCGCUCUGCGCAGGCGGUACCUACUCUAUACGAAUCGGCGCAGCGGCUGCAAAUCAGCGCCGAUGUGAUCAACGUGUCAAUGACGGACCUGCGGCUAGCUGCCGCUCAGAUUGUCCCGUCGUCGCAGCGCUCGGCAACGUCAUCGGCCAUGCCGUUGCCGCAGCCGCUGCAGCCGCUGCUGGGGCAGUUGGUGGGCAUAGCGGCGCUGAAGCUGUCGACGGCGCUGGCGCUGGGCAGUUCGGCGCCAAAUGUCUUCCGCCCACGACUCGCCGUGCAUGGCGCAGCGGGCAUGGCCUCUGCCAGUGUCGGGGCGGCGGCUGCGUAUGCCAUGGAAGCCCGAGAUGUUCCAGUUUUCCAUGUGACGCCUGCUCUCCUCCACGACAUUGCGGGGGUCGGCCACCUGUUCCAAGAAGCGCUCAGGCGUCAGCCGAGCGUCCUCCACGUUCCAAUGGCUGACGGCUUGGCGCUGACCAUGGAUGCGGCUGCAAUUGCCAUGCUGGACCACUGCAUCCGCGCCCUGCCUAUUGGCGCACGCGUGGCGGUGCUUUGUGGAUGUCGAAGCCGAUGACUGGCGCAGCGCUCCCGAAUUCGUACGGCGGUGGUUCCAUGGCAUGUCGCAAACGUGCUUCCUUAAAAUUUCGGCACCCGAGCGCAUCGACCGCACGAACUUUUUCCAGACACUGGCGACUCACACCCCGCAGGCACCAGCACCGGAGCCGACAUCCGACCCGAAUGAGCUGCCUGCGGAUCCAAUACCUGCACCAGCGCCGGUUAACAUGCGGCUGGUGCAGCGCCAGCUGAAGCGCGCGCUACUCGAGGUGAUUCAUGCCGUGGCAGAAAACCGCCUCUUGCGCAUGU